UGACAUUCAUCUAUUUCCCAAAAACUCGAUGCAGCGGACUUACAAACGCAGUUUCAUAGUAAAUAAAAAUACAUAUUUAAAUACUAAAAUCCCUGUGCGAUGGCGUCUACCUCUAAAGACAACGUUCAAGCUGGCACCAGUACUCAAAUAAACCCUACCGACGACUUGGAACCGGGCGCAUGUCCCGAAAGUAUUUUGAACCCUACUGAUUCUUUCGAUGAGUUUGCUUCAGAGAUGAGCUGCUCCCUGCAGGAGCGGAAUAAGUCUUUGGCAGCCAAGAGCAGCACCAUAUCUGAGAUCCAGAGCGAGAUUGGUGAGAAAGACAAGGACGGUUCUGAGAUGAAAAGUACAAAAUCGAGCGAUGAUCUGCAAAGCAAGAAUGGAAACAUGUCAGCAUCAGCCAGCAGUUCAAACCUAAUUGAAGAGAAUGGUGAUGAUGAAGACAAUGACAAGGAUGAUUAUUUGCAAUCACCAGAGUUGGUGAACAAGGAGAAACAUGUUUUUGUGUUGAGUUCUGCUGGGAAACCUAUUUACUCAAGAUACGGUAACGAAGACAAACUGGCCGGUUUGUGCGGUGUGAUCCAAGCAUUAGUCAGUGUGAUCGAAGACCAGAACCAGGAUAUACUCAGAUCCAUCUGCACCAAAGAUUGCAGGGUGGUGUUCUUAGUGAAAGGUCCGUUGAUACUUGUCGCGGUGUCGAAGUCAAAUGAAAGUGAAACGCAGCUGGUACUGCAGUUAACAUAUGCAUUUAAUCAAAUAGUGUCAGUGUUAACAUUGACACAACUAAAUAGGAUAUUCGAACAAAGGAGGAAUUAUGAUCUGAGAAGACUGUUGUCUGGGGCAGAGAGACUUAUCGACAAUUUAUUCGUAUUUAUGGAGAAAGACCCUGCAUUUUUAUUAGGUGCAGUAAGAUGUCUGCCAUUGCCAGAAAAAGCCAGAGAAAACAUAACAAACGCGAUAACUACGACGUGUCACAAAAUCCGAGAUUUGGUGUUUGCUAUACUCAUAGCGGGGAACCAGCUGAUCACGCUAGUACGGAUGAAGAAGUACACAUUGCAUCCUUCUGAUAUACACCUGCUUUUCAACCUAGUCAGGAGUUCGGAAUCCUUCAAGACUGCGGAGAGUUGGACACCGAUUUGUCUGCCGAAGUUUGACGCGACGGGUUUCCUCCACGGGCACGUCUCAUACAUAUCCGAGGACUGCCAAGCUUGCCUUCUCCUUCUAACGGUACAGAGAGAUGCGUUCUUCCCUCUCUCUCAAGCUAAGCACACAAUUGCAGAAAAACUCCGACGAUCCAACUGUCUAGUUGCAAUCAACGACGCACUGAACAGAAAUGAAGAAUUACCCACAACGAAUCCCCUAAAACACAUUGGUAUUCCAGAAAUCAGGCAUUUUAUGUACAAAUGCAAAUCUACGGCACAACUUUUCACGUCUGACCCCAUAAGUCUGGAUCGGUUACAAGAUUAUCGAAUAAGGCAUAAAGAAGGGGGUGAUAUAGUCAAAGAGAAGAAAAUAGAAAAGUUGUCAGAUAUAGAUUAUGUUAGAAAUUACAGGAAAUUUUGUAGUCAAAUUCAUUGUACGUCGAUUCCAGCAAAAUUGAUAUUUAGGUCGAACUCGGAUGACACUAUUUUGGCCUGGGUAACAAACGGUUUCGAACUCUACGUAACCUUCGACCCCCUAAUGGAGAAAGAUCAAGCGAUCAAAGCUGUAGACCGUCUGCUCAGGUGGAUCAAGCGCGAAGAACAGAGGAUAUUCAUCAUGAACGCGCCGACGUUCUAGCAAACAACCAACUUGAGUGGCUUCCUGAAGAACACUAUGCGCAGUGUCGGAACUAGUAAUUGGAUCGUGUGAUUUUUGUCACUUGAUAAAAAUACUAGUGAUUAUUUGCAACCUGAGUGGCUUCCUGAAAAACGCUAUGCGCAGUGUCGGACUCGCUACUGGUAAUUGGAAUGUGUGUUUUUUGUCACUUGAUAAAAAUACUAGUGAUUUUUAACGAAUACUCUGAAAGCUUCCAGCAGUGCUGUUCUAGUGUCGUCUCGUCCGUCAUGUGAUAUUUUGUCACUCGAUAAAAUAAUUGUGAAUCUGUUACAGAGCGAAUGAUUGAUUGUAUUGACUUUAAACGGCUUGUAGUAGUUGGGUUAUUGGGUGAUUGGGUCAUGUCAUGUGAUAUAUUUAAAAAAGUGUGCAAGGUACAGCGACCGCACAUCAGAUAUUAUAGAUCGUUUCAUCCACGAAGACGCGCCCCACCAAUGUUUGGUCGAGGGAAGCGCGAGGUGCGAGGAGUUUG